GCUGCCGCGGCCGAGCGCGGGUGGUUUGAACGGCUACAGCGCGCGCACUCCUCCCUCUACCCCCGGCGACUCCUGGUUCCUACGGGCCCCAGCCUCCCGCGACGCAAAUGUGACUCCCCCCUCCUCCACUGCUGUAAAAAGUAACAUCUAAAUCCCUGAUCCUCCAAACACUAUGCAUCUGAAUAGUCCCACUGAACUUCCUCACAGCAGUAGUGGGAAUAUGGCCUCUUCAGAUUUGGAAGAUUUAUGCUCUCACAUCAACACAAAGAUUUCGACUAUCAAAAAGACUCUUCAGUUAAGAAACAUGGGUCAGGAGCCAUCCUUGAAAUCUGUACUCUGUAAAAUAGGGCAUGAGAUGUUUCUCCUCAAUGAUCUCCUGAAUAAAAUGGAAAUAGAAGUUGAGCAUCAAGAAAAACUAAAGAAUUCGCUCAAGGAGAUGCAGGAGUCUUUUGAGAGGGACUAUAAUGAAGCACAGCACCUCUGUGAAAAUAUUCCUCCCCAUCUGCCCAAAGCAAUCCCAAAGUGCACUGUGGGACUAAUUGUGAAGUCUGAAGGACAAAGUAAAGCUGCAGAACCUGAAUGUGUAAAGAAACCCACAAAAGAGCCAAAAUUUAUUAAAGAAGCCCCUUUAAUAACGGCACAGGAAUUUGAAGGUGUUCCUGCGUACAUGCGGGGUCGUUUAACAUAUGAUCAAAUUAAUGGAGUUGUUCAGGAUUUGAAUAAAGCCGUGGUUAGCAAAUAUAAGAUCUUACAUCAGCCAAUGAAAACUAUGAGCUCUGCUGUCAGAAAUCUCUACCACAGAUUCCUGGAAGAAGAAACCAAGGAUACUAAAGGUGAAUUUUUUAUCGUGGAGGCUGAUAUAAAAGAGUUCACACAACUGAAGGUGGAUAAGCGCUUUCACAGCAUUCUGAACAUCCUCCGGCAUUGCCAGAGAGUGCGGGAAGUCCGUGGUGCACGACUCGUCCGUUACGUUAUCUGCUAAUAUGGUUUUGGACUUGAUUUUGCCCAGGAUUAAGAGCAUAAAUAUUUUGUUAGGCAUAAGGUAUGCCUUCAGAAAGUCGGAAGACACUAUACACAGAAAUUCCCUAUUCAGCGAAUUUAUUUUCUAAAUGACAGUAAUGAUGAACAAAUAUCUAGCUCGUUGAUCAGGCAUCCACUUUGAAUUAUUAUAAGCCUCCUUUCUUAUGCGUUCAUUCUCCAGGAUUAGAAACAUCUGAAGGUCUUGAACUUUUUAAAGUUGUUUUGAUUUGAAUUGUUGGGUUAGGCUACUGUCAUUUGAUUCUGGUGUCUUGUACUGGCCUUUACUCCCAUUAUAAAUAACCAAUCCAAGGUAGAAAUGAAUGUAAUUAACACCCCAGUGGUUUCAUGCGGUUGUCAGGUAGAUGUCUUAGCCACCCUACAAGUGGUGGCCUGAAAAGCUGCAAUCUCAGCAGUGUAAUACUGCUUUUUUGUUUAUAUAAUGGAGAUUGUCCCUAACAAUGGGUAAUUGUUUGGGGGUAUGCAUUUCAUUUUGUUAAUGCAUCAAACUGAUUUCCACUCUUCCACUUUUUGUACAAUCUUUUUCUUUUAACCCUAAAAUUUUUUUGGGGUUUCCAAAAUGAGCCAGGCAUGCAGCUCUGAAGUGGAUAAAUGCUUCCAAACUUGAUGAUGAUGGUUCCAUAAUCUAUUGGUUUUUCACAUUUCAUCAGUCAGAUUUCUUCUUCAGUCCAACCCAUUUAAUCAAAACAAAUACUAGAACCAUGAUAAUGUAACUGAAAAUUUUGGCUUCUAUUUUGAAAAUAUUUAACACUGACGGCUCUUAUUCUAGAACAUUGCUUACCCACUAGCUUCUAUAUAACAAAUCUUAGAAUAAAUUAUUUGUUUUUGCAAUAAAUUCCAAUGUUGCAGGCAGUUAAAGAUGUUUUUGUUUGACAAAAGUUUUGACAAAGGUUAUUUUCUUUCUUUGGGCCUGUACCUGUUGUUAUAGUAACCAAGUAGUCUAAAAUAGCGUUUUUUGUAUGUUGCCAGUAAUAAUGAGAGAGUUUAAUGAGCGGAAGACCCUGACUAAACCUUGAACUAUUGAAAGGUCAGUAAAGAAGGCUGGGUAAGUGCUCAGUAGGUCUGGAUUUGUUUUAGUCUUUACUGUCUGAGACUCUGAUACUGACGUGAUGAGAUCCAAGCUGUAGUCUCCAUUCUGUGUAAUAUUUGAAUGAAUUUUGUGUGUUGUUCAACACAAAUGCCAUAAGUGGAAAAGAGUGCACAAUCUGAAUUUCAGUUUGAGUAGCUGUCAAAUGGGUCCAUCUGUUGUCUUCUUAAAAGUUUAGUGUACAUGAAGUGAACCAGGGAGAUCUGGCUUCAUGGAUCAUUGGCUUAAUUCUUACUGGUUUUCAAAAGCUUUAAUGAUUUUUCUCUCUGAAUUUCUAGUGUCUUCUGAAUUUUUGGUAAACUUUAGUCUCUGCACUUGAGAAUUUGUAGUGGUUGUGACAUUAUUUGGCUAGCACAAGUGCAGCUUCUUGGGUGCUAGCAAUGGUGGAAAUGUUAGUGUAGGCUCGACCUGUUUAGAAUAAAACAGGGACUGUUUCUUUCUUCUGUAUAGUACUAUGUCCACUGGGCCCCAGCACAGGCGAUGCUCUCAUCUGCUUUACACUGCUCUAUGAGCACAAAGUAGUCCUAAACCCAACAACCUGCCCCCUAGACAAUCUCCCCAGUAUAGGGGGUAGUUCUCUAGGUUAUCAAAGAUUCACCAUAGUGGCUUCUACUUCACCCUGACUUUUGACUGGUGGUGUAGGUGGUGUGGCUAAAGAAGGGCACAUGGGCAGCCUAUUUUGUGCCCUAGAUCUGUUGGCAGCUGGUGCAGCUUAGAAUGGCGUGAAGAAGUCACUUUAGUCCAUGCCAGCGUACCCGAUAGAGUAAUCCUACAAACAGAUGGGGUAGUACCGUAGAAGUCAGCCUAUAAUCAAAAGGAUUUUUUAAAAUUUGAAUUAAUGUUUAACAUGUAGUUCCCAGCCCUUAGAAAUCAACCUGCUCUUUAGUUGUUGAGCAGAAGCAAUGUGCACAGCACUAUGCAGAACACAGAGUCUCUAUCCUGGGCCCUGCCUUAAGGAGCUUACAGUCUAAAACACAUCUAUACCAGAGUUACCCUCACAAAGAUGGAGGACCACAUAGUGGGGGCACAGAGGGUUCAUAGCUCUGAGUACUGUUCAGAGGGAAGGGAGAAGCGGGGGGACCCACAGUCUUACUACAGACUUAGGAAUUGAAAGUUAAAGGUUGGGGAAGGACUCAUAAUGGAGUGAGCUGACAGGCCAGCUAUGUCUCAAGAGCAGUGCACAAGAGGGAGGAAGAGCCCUUCAUUGCUCUUAGCUUUCGGUAGCACUCUCAGUCUAGGAUUGCUAACUCCAGCUGUCAUUGUGUGCUCUCUUCAGCCUCUCCUACCCUACGUCCGGCAUGUACCUCUGAGGGGUAGCGGAGGAAUGGGUGAGUGGA